AUGUCCCCCCCCACCAAACUGCACCUCCCCACCCCCCUCCUCCCCCCCUCCUCCCUCAUCCUCGUAACCGGCGCCAACGGCCUGAUCGCCUCGCACGCCGCCGACCAGCUCCUCGCCGCGGGCUACCGCGUGCGCGGCACGGUGCGCUCCGCGACCCGCUGCGCCUACCUCACCACGCUCUUCGACGCGCGCCACGGCCCGGGCCGUUUUUCCUUGCACGAGAUCCCCGACGUGACCGCCCCGGGGGGCGUGUGGGAGGGCGCGGUGGCGGGGGUGUCGGCGAUCGCACACGUGCUGGGCGCGGUGGACCUGGCCGUGCGGGACGCGGAUGCCGCGGCGGCGGCGGAAUUGCCGUGGCAGGUGGGGCUGCUGGAGGCGGCGGCGAGGGAAGGGGGGGUUAAAGCGGUGGCGUUCACGUCGUCGGCGUGGGCGGUGUGGACGCCGGAUGCGGGUAAGAGGGUCAGGUUGACGGGGGGGAGUUGGAAUGAGGAGGCGGUGGCGCUGGCGAGGGAUAAAGCGGUGGCGCCGGAGAGGAAGGGGUUUGCCGGGUUUAUGGCGUUUAAGACGCUCAUUGAGAAGGGGGUGUGGGAGUGGGUGCGCCGGGAGAAGCCGGCGUUUGCGUUUAAUACCGUGUUGCUGGAUACGGUGCUGGGGGAGUGUCUGGAUCCGGAGAAUCAGGGGAUUCCGAGCACGGCGGGGAUGGCGCAGUGGGUGUGGGAGAAUAUCCACGUGGACACGCUGAACAUGAUGCAGCCGCAGUGGUUUGCGGACUGUCGGGAUGCGGGCCGGUUGUACGUCGCACUGUUGGCGACGGCGCCGUUGGUGGAUAGGGAGCGCAUCUUCGGGUUUGGCGCACGUUAUAGCUUCUUCCGGGUGGCCGAGAUCCUGAAGGAGCUGUAUCCGGAGCAUGCCGACAAGAUGGCCAAGGUGAAGGACCUGGGAUGGGACCAGACUGAGGUGCCGAACGAGCGUGGAGCCGAGCUGUUGGCGCGGCUGGGCCAGGAAGGCGGUUGGCGGACUCUGGAAGAGAGCGUGAAGGAGAACGCCGAGAGCUGGCUCAAGCUGAAGCCGGCCAGGGUGACGGACGAGAAGUAUGUACAGAUUGGCAAGUAA